AUGUCUCACGAAAGCGUCUGGAACUCGCGCCCGCGAAGCUACGGCAAGGGCUCUCGCAGCUGCCGUGUUUGCAAGCACAAGGCCGGUCUGAUCCGAAAGUACGACCUCAACCUGUGCCGCCAGUGCUUCCGAGAGAAGUCCAAGGACAUUGGCUUCCACAAGGUGAGCGCGACACCGAGAGAGCGAUUCGCCUCGCUCGCGGGCGGAGCUUCCGAUGUCAAAUUGGCCACUGACUCUGGCUCGUCGCAACAGUACCGAUAA